ACAGAAAGCAUUCGCAGGGAAAUACUCUACUACAGACCCUCACAUGAAAACCUGAAAAGCACAGUGAUGGAUCUACAGGUUACACUGGGGUUACUCCUAGCUGUGUCGGCUGUUACAGCUGCUCCAGAUAUUCUGAACUACACUCCAGAGAUUGCAAAUAUUACCGGCAAUGUGACCGACAGAGCAUUUGUGCUGGUUCAACCAAACUGCAUUUUUACUCCAUUUACUACAGAUAAUGUGUGGCUGGUAGUUGCACUGAAUACAACUUUUUUAAGUCUAAAUGAUACAGAGCUUGGAACUCCAUCUUCAUAUACUUCGUUCAUGAAUGGUGAGACUUCUUAUUAUCGUACUUUACUACUCGCUACUGGACAAUACCCAUGCUUACUCAAUUCUACAAACUCAAUGUAUUUGCUACAAAUUGGCUCUGAAACAAACUGCACGGGAAAUUUGUUCUGCAAUGGUCCAUUAAAUGCAAAUCAUACAUACAGAACAAAAUUUAUUUUGCUAGAUAGUACUGGUUUAUCUGCGGAAACAAAGUGGUCUACUGAAAUUGUCCUGAAAACAGCUACAGACAAAGAAAACAUUGUUUUGCCUUUUAGUCGAAGUGGGGGAAUGAUUGUCAUAACUGUCCUACUUUCUGUUCUACUGGCUAUUUUGCUGAUUUGUUUAAUUGUGGCUUUAAUUAUUGGAAGUAAGAACAUUUGCUGGAGAAGAAUAAUGGACAAGAAUGACUUUAGGUCAGAUGAUUUGGAUUAUAUGACCAGUGGGACAUAUACUUCACAAUACAAGAAGAUCUUCAAAACACCUAUUUAUGAAGAAGUGUAAAUUUAGGUUUACUUGCAAAAUAAGGCUCUUUACUGGUCUUGUUACUUCUAUGAACAUAUUUGCUGCCAAUAAUCAAAUCUAAUCCCAUCCUAUAGACAGACUAAACAAAAGUGUAAAACCAAUGAAUAGCAUUAUAAACAUUUAUACAUCUCUUAUAGGGGGUAAUUCUGAGUUGAUCAUAGAUAUGCUAAAUUUAGCACAUCCAGGAUCAUUUACUCUGACAUGCAGGGAGACGCCAGCACAGGGCUAGUCCGCCCCGCAUUUCAGGCCCUACCCCCAACCGCGCACAAGUACAAAAGCAUUGCACAGCAGCAAUGCUUUUGUACUUGACAAGUAGCUCCUUUCCUGCGCGCUGGCAGGGAGCUACUUGUCGCAUUCUAGGUUGCAGCGGCUGCGUGUGAUGUCACGCAACCACGGCGGCCCACCCUCCACACGGUCCGGGCACGCCUGCGUUGCCCGGACCAUGCUCCCAAAACAUACAGAGACGAUCGCUGGGCUGAGAUGCCGAAAACAUCUCUGGCAUGCACAUGCGCCCUGCGGCGCAUGCACAGUUCAGACCUGAUCGCCCGCUGUGCGAAAACGCACAGCAGCCAUCAGGUGUGAAUUAGCCCCAUUGUUCAUAGAUCAAUGCAUAUAACUGAUAGUCACCCAUUUAUAGCAUUCUUCUGUCUACUAUAUAUGAUUUUACAUUACAUUUUUGAGAGUAAACCUUUUAAUUAUAGACUAUGGGAUCUAUGUAAUUAAGCCAAUUUGUCCACUUGCCUUCUCCCCGUCAUUACAUGAGCGCCUCCAUGGUGGCAGCAGGGCAGAUGGGACUGUAGCUCCAGGUCUCCACAUAAGAGAGGCACAUCAUCAAGACAGCAUGAUGAUGACCGGCUGCACAGCUGGACACAGAGUCGGCCAUGAACCAAAUGCAUUAAAUUUGUAUUUUUAUUUUCCUCACAAAUUAUGCAAUUUGUCUACUUUGGGAGACAUUGGAACUGAUAAUGCAGAGGAUGUACACACCCACUAGGCACUGGCCACACCCACACAUUGCAGGUCACAGCUCCUCCUCUUCUCGCACUAGGUCCUUGAUUAUUUUUGGUCCCAGGCCCAUUUGGCCUUUAAUCUGGGUCUGGGUUGGAGCGCCCAGUGGAGGGAAGGUCAGCUGUGUUUUAUAUAAUAACCAAAUGCUGCAGAUCUGAUCUGCUCCAAACAAAAACUAUGUAGAGGCCUAUAUAUUAUUAGCUGACAUACAUAGUUUUGCAUAACGGUGGUCAUGUGACCUAACUCGUCUACUGGAAACCAUUUAUAUGUGAUGAUAUAUUGUUUUUGGGACUAUAUACUCUGGCAUAUUUUCUAAGUCUGUGUGCUGAAAAUGCUCAACUGGAGCUACGUCUGUUCCUGCAAUGUACAGUUGGCUAAUUCAGACCUGAUCGCUGAUGUGCGUUUUCAGGUCUAAACUGCGCAUGCGAAGCAGUGCGCAUGUGCAUGCCAGAGAUGCAAUUGGCA